AUGGCAAGCGAAAACAAUACGGAUAGCCAUAUUUAUGAAACAAAUAUGAAUGUUGUGAAACGCCGAAUUGAAGAAUUCUGGAAUCGUCGUUUCAUGAGUUCCAAUUUAGUCGUUGAUAGUCCAGAAGAUCCCCAAACAUCAAGACAGUCUAAAGCAAAUUCUAGUGGAAAUAUUAACACUGAAAAAAAUACAGUUACACCAAAAAAACGAACCUAUCGUAAACAACUUGAAAGCGAUGAAAUUAUUGCAGAAAAAGUGAAAUUGAUACAGCGAGGAGAUAUUACAACACUGAUAAAAAAUGAAAAAUCAGGAAAGUAUAAAGAAAAAUUAUCAGUACCACAAAAAAGGAGUUACAUGCCAAUUCUAAAUAAUGACAAAACACCAACAAUACCAAAAUAUUUAUUAGGAAAAAGUUUUCAUAAGAAUCACUUGCAUCGCAACAAAUGCGAUGAAAAAAAGCAACCCAUAGAAGUAUCUUCCAAUGAUAAUGAUGGCCCUAAUAUAGAAAGUAACUUAUCCAAAGAACAUAAUGAAGUCAUUAAAAAAUUAGAAGCUAAUAAUGAACCUUCAAAUGACGUUAUAAUACCUGAAGUGUCUACUGAUAAAGUAAAAGAAACACUAAAAGAAAAAAUAAUCCAUUUAGAACCCGCAAAAUAUGAAGUAAAAGAGCAGCUCCUAGAAAUAUCUUCUUCUGAAAGUUCGAAUUUAAAAAGAAAGUCAUCCGAUAAAGAUGAGAAAAUCAUAAAAAAGUUUAAAGUUAGUCCUGAAGUUUCGACUUCAAAUAUGAAUGAACUGUUGCCUGCCGUGUCCGUUGUCGAAAUUGAUGAAAUACCGGAAAAAGAAAUAGGUAAAUUAAUAUACUUUUUUUUUAUUGAUUUCUUUAAUAUUUAUGUCACAUAG